AUGACCAAUCCCCUGCAACUCAAGUCAUUGAAUCACAUCUCAUUGGUGUGUGCAUCAGUGGAGAAGUCCGUUGAUUUUUAUGUAAACGUUCUUGGGUUCUUUCCUAUUAAGAGGCCUAGUUCGUUAGACUUCAAUGGCGCAUGGUUGUUCAAUUAUGGCAUUGGCAUACACCUUCUCCAAUCAGAACACCCAGAAGACACGCCCAAGAUUGUUCCCAUUAAUCCAAAGGACAACCACAUUUCUUUUCAAAGUGAAAGUGUUGCAGCUGUGGAGAAAAGACUGCAGCAAAUGGAGAUAGAGUACGUGAAGAGCAGAGUAGAGGAAAGUGGAAUCUACGUUGAUCAGCUGUUCUUUCAUGACCCAGAUGGCUUGAUGAUUGAAAUCUGCAACUGUGAUAACAUCCCUGUAGUGCCUUUAUCAGAGGACAAAGUAUGGUCUUGCUCGCGCUUCAAUUGCAAUAUUAAUAACCGGCAUCAGCACAUUCAACACAUGAUCCCAAUGUAG